AUGAAGGCCAAAGAAUCAUCAGACAUUAAAACCAGUCGGCCUCAAAACGAACAUAUAGAACUUCACAGGAAACGACAUGGCUUCCGCUAUGACUUCUUCGAACGGAGACGCAAAAAAGAGGCUCGUGAGCCUCAUGAGCGCAGUGCUAAAGCCAAAAAGUUGCGCGGGAUUAAGGCGAAAUUGGCUAACCGCCAACGUUUCAAGGAGAAAGUUCAAAUGAAGAAAACACUACGCAUGCACGAGCUGAAAAAGACGAAUCAGAAGCUGGGUGAGGCUGGUGGACCAGGUGAGAAACCUGCCUAUCUGCUGGACCGUGACGAACAAAUUUCCGCCAAGGUUUUGUCAAAUACGGUGAAGCAGAAGCGUGCUGAGAAGGCCGGAAAAUGGGAAGUUCCUAUUCCAAAAGUUCGUAGCAUCUCCGAAGCUGAAGCUUUCAAAGUUGUCCGAACAGGAAAGUCCAAACGAAAAGCAUGGAAACGCAUGGUCACAAAAAUGUGCUUCGUCGGGGAUACGUUCACCAGAAAGCCGCCCAAGUUCGAACGCUUCAUUCGACCAAUGGGUCUGCGGGUUCGUAAGGCAAAUGUUACGCAUCCGGAAUUGAAGACCACCUUCCAGUUGCCUAUUAUCGGUGUUAAGAAGAACCCUAGCUCCCCCAUGUACACCAGUCUGGGUGUGAUAACGAAGGGAACGAUUAUUGAGUCCUUGGAAUUCGAAGUGGACACCUACUUCCACGAACCUGAAGCUAUUGGCAACCUCAAAGUGAUUACCGAUGGUGAAUAG